AUGGCCCAGUCAAAUCUUCGCGCGACCAAACCCCACCAUGGUCACGAUGUCCUGGAUUGGCAGUGUGAUCCAGUUACAUCUUCAUUUUAUGCCCGUGAUUUCUAUUACCGCCACCCAGCGCAGUUGGAAACCUCCGAAGGAAAUUCCCUAGGAAAUUUCCUGGCCUUGCGAGGGACCCCACCAUCACCACCAAUUUCAAUCUCCUCUCAGCAGUCAUCAUCAAUAUCCGUUAACAGCAUGGGUCACACUGACCCCAAUACGUUGCCUGACAGCAACUCGCCCCGAACUAGCCUUGGGGAUCACAACGAGGGAGAUUACAACACAGAUCUGCCAUACUCGAAACUCAUCUAUAGGGCCCUGAAAGAGGCCGACGGCCACAAGCUGUCCCUUCAGCAAAUCUACGAAUGGUUCACCAAAAACACGAACAAGGGCAGGGACAACACAAAAGGCUGGCAGAAUAGCAUCCGCCAUAAUUUGUCUAUGAAUAAAGGAUUUACGGCCGACAAAGUCGAGGGAAGCACGGGGAGGAAGCCACAAAAUUUGUGGGCUCUGACUCAAGAUGCUAUCGACCGGGGCUACGUGGAGUCCACCACUCGCUAUCGCAAGACAAAUGGCCGCAAGGCGAGCCCGAACAUUCCAGUCCUUAGGCGUCAGCGGUCAGGGUCUAGGGGGGGAAAGGCUGCGAAAAAUGCGACCAAGAUGCGCCACCCCACGCAGAAUGAGCGAUCCGAAAGGCACUAUCCUUUCACGUACAAUCAACCCCAGCAGCCUCAGCAUCAGCCUCAGCGCGCGGUCGAUGGGCACUACCUGCCUACACCGCCGCUGCUUGUAGGCGUGCCGCACUAUCAGGUGCAGCAGGUCUUCAAUGGGCUGCCCAUGGAUACCAGGGAUAGCUCGCUCCAACGGGAAUACGAAUAUUCCGACGUGAUUGGCUGCACAAGCCCCCUACUCGGCGAUAAUGCGGUGUUCUGUGAUGUGGCGGAGCCGGAGCCUAAUUCCAGCCCGACGCUCGAUAUGGGACAUAUGGGUUGCUGGUACGAGCUCCGGGACCCAAUAAUGAGUUGA